ACUUGUUUCCGCAAUAUACGUACUUCCUCGUUUCGUAAAGUCGUCACUCGUCAUAGCUUGGUGAAGUUAAGAUGAAUAUUUUACAGCCAAUGUUUUGCUUUUAAUCAAACGUCUUCGUUAUAAUUAGUACGGAGUGUCCUGGAUAAGAGAAAGAAAUCGGGAUUAUAUCUUUCAAUAUCAUGCCUUUUACAAGCUACUUUGCGUUGUUCUGUUCUGUUGCUGCCUCGCUCCACGCAUAUUCCCAUGCAGUACCACCCCCUUUAAACUUGACAUUUUCACUGAGGAAUCUUUUCACUGCUAAAUGGUCAUGGAGCCCCCCAGCAGGACUGAACAACUGUUUAAUCGAAUAUAUUUCAGAAGUAAAUAAGAAUAGUCCUGAAUGGACAGUUCAGCUAUUUCGUGAAGGAGAUUUAGAUUUAAAUAAUGGAACAGAAUUUCGUGUGAAAGCUUCAAAUACAUGCCAAAAUCAUAUGGCUGCAGAAUGGGCCACAAUAUUUAUACCACCACCCUCAGGUGAUUUUAAAUCAUCAGUCAUGAAUUUUGAAUGUUUGAUGUACAUGAUGGGAUACAUGAAUUGCACCUGGAUGCCUGGGAUUUACUCAGAUUACAACCUUUACUACUGGUACAGAUAUCUGGAGAAGGUUCAGUCCUGUAAGCAAUACAUUUACAUAGGUGGUAUUCGACAAGGCUGUCACUUCCAGCCACAUGACCUAAUGUGGAAAAACAUUAAAGACACAAUCAUUUAUAUCUUUGUUAAUGGAUCAAAAGAAAAUUCUACCAAACCUUUCUUCUACAAGAAUAAUCUGCUGAAUAUAGUGAAACCUACACCACCAAAUAUUUUUUCUGUAACAGUUGUAAAAGACAGUGUACAAAUUAAAUGGGAGGAGCCACCUGGAUUCAACAAAGAAUGUUUGUUAUAUCAAAUAAACUAUAAAAGUAUCAGAGCAAGCACUUGGAUGCCUAUUUCUACAAGAGAAAACUCUGCAACUGUUCCUAUUGAUCCUCACUUACAGUAUGCCUUUAAAGUGCGUUCAAAGUAUGAUACCUGCGGUGAUGGCAGCUGGAGUGAAUGGAGCAAUGUGAAAGAAAGUGAACACAUCUAUCAAAUGGAUAGAAUAAUCUAUAUUGCCCCAGUUGUGGCAGUCAUAUUUGCUUUGAUUACUCUCUUCUACAUCAAAAGGCUACGAAUGCUACUCCUUCCGCCAGUUCCAGACCCUAGCAAAUUCUUAAAAGGAAUGAUUGGUAAAAAUGGAGAGCUGCUGAAACUGAAUAAACAGCACACAGAUAACACUAUUUUCUUUCCUGACUACGAGGAAGAAUUUUCAACAGCCCAAGUGGAGCACAAUAGUAACUGCACAUCAGAUAACAGAAACCUAAAAGUACUUGACAAAACCCAGAUGUAAUAGCAUCCAGCAAAAAAUCUUUCCUUUUGAAAAUAAUUAUUCAUACAAAAUAUUGAUAUGUCAUAAUUGAGAAAACUAAGUGGUAUCAUGUAUUUGUUUAUAGUUUUUGGCAACAGAGUAAAAAUGAACACUAUGGCAA